AUGCAUAUGGAUGACGUAUUCUAUUUAAUAAAAUCUGAAGUUGUAAACACUAAGGAAGUUCAUCGUGUCCUACAUAUGCAAUAUACAAAAUGGCCAGAUUUCGGAGUACCUAAUUCCCCUAGCUCAAUUUUGAAUUUUCUUUGGUCUGUAAGAGCCUCAGGUGCAUUAGAUAAUCCACUCUAUCCACCAGUUGUUCAUUGUAGUGCUGGUAUUGGACGCUCAGGAGCAUUUGUUCUCAUAGAUCUAGCUUUAAUUUGUUACGAUUUUGUUAUCGCGCGAUCAUUAAAGCCGCGGAUACUUUACUUCCUCUACCGGUUGACAACGACUGAAUGCAAAAUUCGAACCUGA